AUGGAAGGUAACGAAGAUAACGAUGCAAUACUCGCAAAGAAACUACAAGAAGAAGAAGAAAAUAAUUUUAUCAAGGAGGUGAAUUCUUUAGCACUGGCGCGUCAGCUGCAAGCCGAAAAAGACUUGGAAAGUAAUGAAAAUCCCGAAGAUUUAUAUCCUGAUAUUCAUGGUCUCUUUAUCGCUUUCGAUCAACAAUAUUUUUGGGGAUGCUUGAAAAGUGUUGAGGUUAAAUGGUCAACCAAAAUGACUUUGGUAUGGUGUGCUGGGUUAUGUUAUUAUCAAGCAGGUGGUUAUUGUAGUAUAAGGUUAAGCGAACCGUUAUUGAAAUUUCGAACUCGCCAGGAUAUGAUUGAAACUUUAUUACACGAAAUGAUUCAUGCUUAUCUAUUUGUAACGAAUAAUAAUAAAGAUCAUAAUGCACACGGUCCUGAAUUUCUUAAACACAUGGAACGUAUAAACGCUGUUGCUGGAACAAAAAUAUCCGUGUAUCAUAAAUUUCAUAACGAGGGUCCAUGCCAGUAUAAAGCGCCUUAUUUUGGAAUUGUGCAACGUGCUAUGAAUAGGCCUCCACAGCCUGCUGAUAAUUGGUGGGGAAAACACAAACAAUCAUGUGGUGGUAAUUAUCAUAAGAUUGCUGAACCUCAAAAAGAAGAAAAGAAUCAAGUAACAAAAAAAGUUAGAAAACGUAAAAUUGAAAAUGAUAAAGCUAGUGGUAGUAAUUCAUUAUUAGAUAAAUGGUUUCAAUGGUUUCGUAAAGAUGCUGAUAAAGAGAAAUCUCAAGGUCCAAAGUUCAAGAGACGAUUUACCGAUGUCGAUAGUGGACAUGAACAUAAUCAAUUAACUGAUCUUAAAGAUGACUCUAUAAAUAAUUCCUCUUCAACCUCUCAUGCAACGAAAAUUGUUCAGUGCCCAAUUUGUGGAAAUAGAACGAUCAAUAAUUCAGUAAUUAAUGAUCAUAUUGAUUUAUGUAUUUGGGCAUCUGAAAAUGGUGAACAAUUACAAUUGCCAAUUACGUAA